AUGGAUGUCUUUUUAAUGAUUAGGCGAAAAAAGUUAACCAUCUUCACAGACGCAAAAGAUACUACUACUGUUUUAGAAUUGAAGAAAAUGAUUGAGGGUAUCCUGAAGGUACCACCACCAAGUCAGAUGCUGUUUAACAAGGACAGUCAGCUGAUGGAGGAUGAUAAAACUCUUGCCGAAUAUGGUCUAACAUCAGCUACUGCCAAGGCACAGUGCCCAGCUCCUAUUGGACUGGCUUUAAGAAAGGAAAAUGGUGAAUUUGAAGCUCUUGACCUGACCCCAUACUCUUCACCCCCUGACCUGCCUGAUGUCAUGAAGUCACAGGAAACGAAUGGCCAAGAACAGAUGGAUCAGCAUUAA